AUGGCUGUCCUCACUGAAUUGUUCAACAGCCCUUAUGUGGUACAAGGUGUCUGUGUUGCCUUGUUAGCGGUGUUCAUAACAAGCAUCUGGGGUGAUAUAGUGGAUGAGAUCCCCCACCGUCGUAUUCCUUUAGUUGGGAGGGCUUGGUGGGAGAUCACCAACAAAAAGGCUAGGUCGCGCUUCACUCAGUCAUGUCGCGAUUUGAUCACCGAAGGCUUUGCACAGGGUGCUAGUGUGUUCCAGAUCAUUGGAUCUACUCAACCGAUGAUUGUAUUGCACCCGAAGUAUAUCAAUGAAAUCAAGAACCACCCAGACUUGAGUUUCGAUGACGCAAUCAGGAAGACGUUUUUCGAUAACCGCAUCGCCGGAUUCGAGCCGUUCCACAAUGGGUCCGCUAUGAAGGUCACCAUCGAGGUCGUGCGUACCAAACUGACCCAAGCACUUGGAUCUUUGUCCAUCCCGCUUUCGAGAGAGACAUCUUUGACCUUGAAGGAUGCUUUACCUCCCACUGACGAAUGGACUCCAUAUAACUUUGCCCACAAAGUCCCAUACAUGGUCGCCCGCGUCUCCUCGCUAGUAUUUGUCGGAGAGACCAUCUGUCAUGAUGUCGAAUGGAUCGAUGUAUCAGUCAACUACGCUAUUGACGCAUUUAGAGCCAUGCGCGACCUACGAACAUGGCCAUCCGUUCUCCGCCCAUUAGUCCAUUGGUUUUUACCUUCCACCCAAAAACUGCGCAGUCAUUUAAAGAAAGCCAAUACCGUCAUCAACCGUGAGAUCGAGAGACGGGCGAUGAUUCGAGAAGGCAAAAUCCCAGCAGAAAACCCACCUCACAAAACUGAUGCCUUGGAUUGGUAUCGCGAGACUGCCGAGGCCCAAAACAACUUCACCUUUGACCAAGCUCGCUCUCAAGUCGGGCUGGCACUGGCGGCUAUUCAUACUACGUCCAAUAUAUUGACCAAUAUCAUGUAUGACCUCGCCGCAUACCCAGAGUAUAUCCAGCCACUGCGCGAUGAGAUCUGUGCGGUUGCUGCUGAAGAUGGGGAGCUCAAGAAGACUAGCUUGCUUAAGCUCAAAUUGAUGGAUAGUAUAAUGAAGGAGUCGCAACGAACCCACCCUUUGUCAUUGACCUCCUUGAACCGCUUCACCCUCCAGAAAAUUGUUCUUUCCGACGGUACCGUGCUUCCCAAAGGCGCAAACAUCUCUAUAUCUACAAGCCCACUGGAAGACGACAAUAUCUACCCCAACGCUGCCACCUACGACGGCUACCGAUUCUUGAAAAAACGCCAGGAGCCAGGAAAUGAGCACAAACAUCAAUUUGUGACGACAACAAACGAGCACUUCGUCUUCGGCCACGGUGUCCACGCCUGCCCGGGUCGCUUCUUUGCUUCCAAUGAAACUAAGAUCUUACUCCUUCAUUUGCUGUUAAAGUACGAUUGGAAAUUGAAGAGUGGUGGACGACCUAAGAACUUUGACAACGGCACCGAGUCAAUUACCGACCCAACGGUUGAGAUUUUGUUCCGGUCUCGUGAGCCCGAAAUCGACUUGAGUUUCUUGGGAGAGUAG